AUGUAUCGAUACCAACCAGCCGGUAAAGAUGACCCUCCCAAGCGGCCCUCUCGGCUUAUCUCCCGAAAGGAAAGAAUUGAAGGCGUACAAAAAAAAAGUCAAAGCCUUCCUGUUAUAAAAACGCCUCUCGAAGAGCUCCGUCUAGUACACGACAACGCUGUUGCAGCCUCACUAGCACAUGGCAGCGCAAGUUCGUCGCCUGAUGACGAAGCCUUUGAGCUAGCACCCAGAUGUGUUGCUGAAAAGAACUGCAUUUCUGAUUCUCAGACUCCAUCGUUGACGCCUAGGGUGGAAUCGGUUCGUCUUUCUAGUCUUGUCAAGUGUCCAUCGUCCACCAGCUUGAAUCGACCUCUGAGUUUUGCAACAGAGCAACUGCUACGUCAGACCAGUUGCGUGAGUACAGGCAGCCUCAAGUCCCUCAGUGAUGUAACCAAUGGUAGUUAUGCCAAGAAAGCUCAUCAACUGUCUCUCUGCAAAAACGGAGCCCCCAACUGGUUCAACAUGCUGUGUUACCGAGGUACACCACUCUUGGACAGCUUCAGGCAUGUCAGAAUUUCAAGAUGGAGCUGGAUGGCGCACCGGCGCUACCCGAAGCGGGAGCUUGCGAAGCCACCAGAAGUGCCGCCGCUUGUCCCGGAAGGAGGUCGUCUGCUGCGCUACGCGGUACGCGCGACGCGAGUUAUGCCGGCGAGAUAUCUGGUUGGAAACGUCAGUGGCAAGUGGUCACAGCUUGGUGAAGAACUAAACCGUUACUUCCCAGACAGAAAGGUCAAUGUAUUUGUGGCUACGUGGAACAUGAAUGGAAUGCUGCCGCCUGCUUCGGCAAACCGCACGCCAGUUCCGGUGGGAACAAACUACCCCAUCUGGCAACCUGGAAUCGCGGCACCAGGUGGUGGCACAGACGGCGCGGGACUCAUAAGCCAGCCAGGAGCCGUCCACUUCGGGCACGACAUCGCGCCAAGCAUACCAAGCUUACGAUGGUUGCUCUUACAG